CGAAACUUUUUGCGACAUUUCUGCUGCAGAAAGUGCAAUGUUAUGAAACUGAGCUACAAGGUUGUCAUUCGUUAUUUUACUGCAGCAUGUUAACAGACUAAAGACUCUACGCCCACCAUGUCGAAAGAAAAAAGUCGAACACCUGGUAGGGUGAAAUCGGGAAUAGGGAGAAUUUUCGGUAAAUCUAUGAUGGAGCUGAGCUUAUUUUCGAAAGUAGAUGCACACACAAGACAUUUAGACAACAAGCCAUCUUUGCCAAGCCACAGGAGGCAUGUGAAGGAUAAAAGUGGUGAUGAAGUUAAGCGUGAGAAUGAGGAAGUUGGCACUGAAAGAAACAAGGGAGAUACACCAAGUAAAGGCCUUGAACAGGGGGCAGGUGAAAUGGUUGGUCGAGUGGUUAAUGGAGCUGACAGUGUGAAAGGAGGAGAAAAUGUAAAAGGGCUUGAUGAUAAACAAGAAAAUGGACAUGCAGCUAAAAGGGGUCUUGGUGACUCUUGGUCAGUUGAUAUUAAUUCAGGUUCAAAAAGCAUGGUGUGUAGAAGAAAUUCAUUCUCCGCUGAAACUGCUGGUACAGCUCGCACAGGUGAAGACAAUAGAAAAAGGUUUGAAAGAAAAGGAAGUUCUGAUCGUUUGAAUGCAAGUACAGAAAGCCGGUCUAAGAAGAAGUCAAGAAAAUUAACUAAGAAAGAAAGAGAGAAAAGAAAAAAAUAUGUUAAAAGAGAGAAUGAAGAUUGGUCUGAAAAUGAUUCGGAUGAAGAUGCGAAAAGACUGUUGAACAGAAGGAAUAGCAGAUUUGGAGGUAGAAAUAAUGACAGGUCUAAGAAACAAUAUGCAACAGCGAAAAGUGUAGCCUAUGAUUUAGACAGGAAAAAUUCAACUGAUAUUUCUAAUCUAGGAAGCAACAAGUUGGCUGCUCAGUAUAAUUUCACUGAGGAUUGGAGUUUUGAAAUAAAAGAAGAAAAUGAGAAAAUGGAUGUGAUCCAAGGAUUAGGUAGAAACAGCUGCAAUGAAAAUGAAAGUCCAUGCAUGAAUGCGUUUGAAGAUGUUAAAGUUUCAGAGAUGAAUCAGAUUGACAAUGUCGGGACAAUGAAGGGAAGUCUGAUUGAAAAUGUUGGAGCUGCAGACAUUAAAAGUGUAAAUGCUGUUAAAAUUACAGAUAUUCAAUGUGUAGAUGCAAAGAAAAAUCAGAUAUCAAAGGAAAAGAGUGUAGAACAAUUUGGACAUAUUUCUGAUCAAAUAGGUGAUAGCAUUAAGCAAAAACGUGAUACAAUCGAAGAAGAAGACGCUGCUAUUGUCCAGAUUAGCAAUGAAUCCAGUGAACAAUAUCCUAAGGACAUAAUAUUUCCACAGAUGCAAAGUACACCUAAGAAAGAAACUAUAAAGAGAUGUUCAAAUACAGUGGCAGAAAGUACUGGUAACAAUGAAACAACUUAUAAACGCAUGAGUAAAGGUGCAGAGAUUGGUAAAGCUGAGCAUGAAAAUCAAGGCUUAUCCCCAUUUCACUUUUACAGUUCAGAGGAGUUAAGAAAAAUAGGAAGAAAUAUGCCUCCAGUUGACGUUGUGAAAAAUGGCUUGAUUGACUUUGCAGAGAUGCCUGAGGACAUUGUAAAUGUUGACAAAGAAUCUGAUGAUAUCUGUUCUGAUGAAUGGAAGCCUGGAUAUGGAUUGUUUGAGGAACAAAAAAUAAAUGAACCAUACUAUAUGUCUGAAAGGUGCCAAUCACCAUACAAAGAUUUUGAAAGACUUUAUGCAAUAAAUGAUGAGAAAAAUGAAGGAGGUCGUCUUGAAAGAAUUGCUGAAGAAGUUGUUCAAUUUUCUCAUUUUCAGUUUUCAGCUCCAAUGGAAUUCUCCAAUCCUCCACCCAACUUUCACCCCCAAGUGCCUGAGCAAUUCAGACCACCUUUGACAAUGUCUGAUAGUGAGUUAAUGCCAGAUGGUCAUGGGCUAUUUCCGUUAGUUCGGGGAUCCAGAAGGGGAUACGGAAGAGGCAAUGCAAGAGCAAGACCAUUUACACACAACAGAUAUGACUAUGGAAACUCAUGGAUCUCAGGAAGCAGUGGAUAUUCCUCUGGAUAUUCUGACAAACCUUUUAGAAGAGAUUAUGCUCAUAUGGUGGAAAAUAGGAAGGAAUUGUUGUUAAUGGAUUUGGGCGCAUCUUGGACACAUCAAGAAUCUGAAGAUUGGACUUCUGAAAUAGCAGACUGUGGUAACAAGAAGGAGACAAUUGACAAUGAAAAUGUAAAGGAAUGUGUCAAGUUAAGUAAAAAUAAACAAGAGUCCAAAGUGGAAAUUCAGGAAACAGAGAAUUGGGAAUCUGAGAUCGAUGAAAAGGAAAAAAUUAACAUGAAUUUAGAUGCUUGUGUUAAGGAAGGUGAUGUUUUGCAAGAAUGUGUAAAGAAGAUAAAAUGUGAAUUAAUUGAUGAGAAUGUAUAUGCAAAUGUCAGUAACAAGGAGUUGUAUCUACCACCACCAAUUCCAGAAAUUUUGGACUUAAGUGAAAACAUUGAAAUGGAAAAAGAUACUGUUGUUGAAAAGGUUCAGAAAUCUGACAAACCCUAUUUGCCACCUCCCAUUCCUGACAUGGGUGAACUAGAAAGGAAUGAGAAUGAAAAUGUGACUGGGCUUGUUGAUGGAAAGAUUGAGACAUCUAAUCAAGUGUUCUUGCCUCCUUCCAUUCCAAGUACGGAAAAUAAAAGAAUGGUCAAAAACCCUGGAAGUCUGUAUUUGCCCCCAUCACCUCCAACUCUUGAGGUCUCAUUGGAUGCUGAUAAACUGGUUAAUGUACUAAGUAAAGAAAAGGAAAGUUAUGUUGAGCAGCUGGGAAAUAAUGUUGAGAGUCUUGACAAUGUGAAAGAUGGGUAUGAAAGAGAUGAUGAUACUGAAAAAGACAGUCUUGAAGCUAGUUCUUAUGGUUUGAGUAAAGCCUCUGCUACAAAGAUUUGUGCUUGGUUUGAAAAAAUGCCUGAUGAGACGAGCUCAAUCAGUUCUGGAUGGACCCAGCCUGAAGCAGUUUACACAAAUGUAGCAAGUGAGACUGAGGUUUCUGAUUUGCCUCUUGAUAAUGUUGUGAAGAGUAGGAAAGAAAAACUAGAUAGGAAUGUGGAGUCCUCGAGCAGUGGUAGUAUGAUAAGUGUGAAAUCUGAUGUCAUAAAUGCUACGCAAGAAGAGAGCACUGAUGGGUUUAAAGUUAGUGACGAGUUUAGAGGAACUGCCGCUCAAAUGAAUGACCCAUAUGGAAGUAGAGGCAGUGGAUAUUCUCCUGGAUAUGAGCAUUCUUGGUAUUACAAUCCAUGGAUGAAUGGGAAUUGUGGAUAUCCAUCUGAACAAGAGUAUUGGUAUCACACUCAGCAACAGAUGGCUUGGGAGUGGUAUGUGUAUCAACAGGAGUUGGAAAGAAUGCAUCAGGUAGAUCAGGCAAUUUCUCGGCAGACAAUGUAUAAAAGUGAAAUGAGUGAAAGAAAUGCUGACAUGGGUGUGAAAGUGGGAAUGGGAAAGAAAGCUGAAAGUAAGAUAGUUGAAACUAGUAAGAAACUGCAUGAGAAGAUUGAGCCUGUUUGUGCAGAUCCAAGUGAUAAUGAUAAACCUAAAAAAUGGGCAACGUGGAAAGACAGUCAAGAACUCGGUGAUUAUGAGGAAGUUAAUGGUAGUAAUGAAGAUAAACGUGCUGAAGUAUUUGGAACUGAGUAUGCAAGGGAGAGAGGUGUGGGUAAAAGUUUUAGUAAAAACAAUGAGAGACCAUUACAAACAGUACCAGAAACAAGUGAAGUAAAAGGGACUGAGAAUAUUCCAAGUGCAAAGAAUCAGAAUACCACUAAUAGUGAUUCGGUGUGCCGAUGUCGUCCAUGUGAUAUCAAGUACAUCAUAUGGCAGGAGUGCAAGUGCCCUGCGGGUAAUCCCCGGAAACUAAGAAUUCUGCCCCACGUACCAGGGGAAGGCAGUGUGGAUUUGGGAUAUCAGUCAUAUGAGUCUUUAGAGCAUGAGGAGCCCACGUUGCAUAGCAGACUGUCCGCAUGGCAACCAUUCUGUUCUACACCAGCUUUGAAGGAACCAAUCCUAGAGCUUACUGAACCGUCAAUCGGGUGUGAAAGAAAGAUUCCCAUUGGUCAAGGACAAUACCAGGACGUGGAUCAGAGGUGUUCUGCCAAUAGAGAGGUGUUUGCGUGCCCAGAGAAGGCUACUAAAGAAAGCUCAGCCACAGAAAAGAGCCAGACGCAAGUAUUACAUAGAACAUCCCAUCCCAGGUGCCAAUCUGGAUCUGUAUAUAACAGUCACCAACCAUUACAGGAUUAUCAAGGACAAAAGUUUCCUCAUAGAGACUAUAGAAACCUCCCUAAGUGUCUAGAAACCUCAGCAUCUCAUUUAGCAGCAGCUAUGGAGGGUCUGAAUCAAGCGGGAAUCUCAGAGAAAAGCCUGGACUCUGCAUUGCAUAGCGUGACUAAAAGGUUAGAAGAAUUUAAGAAACAAGCUGGAAUGGGUGAUUGUGGGGAGGAUUUGGGAAGUGACAAUGUUGUUAAACGUUCAAAAGAGAGGGACACUGAUUUUAAUGGUAAUGAGAUUGGUGGAGGUUGGGCCGAAGCACAGGGAGUUGAGAAAAGGAACAGUUCUGAAUUAAGUGAGAGACAUAUUGGUGCUUAUUCCGAGAAAAUUCAAGGUUUUUCUCAAUUUGGUAAAGAGAGAGGUAUUCAGAAUGUGUCGGAAAUGAAUCCUUCGGGAUACCAGAAAAAAGGUGGGAAUUUCGCAAGUUUAGACAGUGGUUUGAAGCCCCAGUUAUUUUCACCUGAAAGGCCAAAGACGCCACCCUCUUCCCCAGUUAAAGGGCAGAAUACUCAAAAAGUGAACCAACAAUAUUUGAAUGCUAGGCAAUUACAGCAGCAAGUUGGAUGGAAGCCUCAAACACUUACAUCUUUGCUUGAAACAAUUCAGAAAACAACUGGUGUGAAGUUUGACGAAAGUGGUAAAGAAGUGAUCAAAGAUAAUGGCGAUGAAGAGAUUAUCCCAGAACAUGACAUGCUUGGGACAAAUUUCAGACCUCCAGGGUUCUUAUGGGGGCCGAAUGAUUAUAGGUUCCCACGAGCUAUGACAUAUAGACCAGACUGUCGUGGAAUGCGUCCACCCCCUUCCCCUUACACCCCGCCACCCCCACCGCCGCCCCCACCACCAACACCAGCAUCUGCUGAGGAUAAAGACCACUCUAAAAAAGGGCAGGAAAGAUUUAACUGGGAUCCCAGAAUGCCACAGAGUUACCAGAUGCCAAUGCGAAUGCCACCAUUCAUGCCGCAAAUGCCACCUGGGCCACAAAUGCCAUAUGGACCUCAGUUGCCAUAUGUUUAUGGACCAGGGCAAUUUUUUCCUCGAUUUUCGCCAAGGGCGAUAAGACCACUUAUAUGUAAUGAUGGAAAUAUUGAAACUGCUCCACAGCAAGUUGCUAGUGUUAAGAAAGGCCCUGUUGAGGAUAUUAAAGGUAAAUUUGCUGUUGUACCUCAGGCUGAAGGUAAAGUGCCAUGGAAAUUGGUUGAGUAUGCGGCUAGUGACGAAAGCUCUGGGUCUGAUAUAGAACCAUUUGAUUUAGCCACUUUGAAUAAGGUGGAUUCGAUGACGUUCUAUUCAGGAAAGCAUACAGUCAAUAAUAAAACUCCUGCAAAUCAUACUGCCAAAAAGUUUAAGACAAGUCCUGAAUAUGAGGAAGUGAAAAAGGGUGCUACAAAAGUAGCAAGGGAUGUUCCAGGUAAAGUGAAACAGAAAACUCUGAAAUCAUUCACUGCUGAAGACCCUUUGAAAAAGGGGAUGGUUGUGUAUUCUCAGAAACGUCACAGUCCAUGGAAUAAUCAUCCGAGUAGUGUGGUAGCUAGUCGUUCUGCUAAGGAGGAGAGUCAAAAUAUGUAUAAUAAAGGUGCUACAAGGAAUAAAGCUUUUGCUACGGUUGUUGCUGAAAAUAACAGGCCAGAGAGCAGUCAAGGCGCCAGCGGAAAUAGUGAGUACAAGGGUGAAACAUGUCCCAUUGUUGAUGAAAAGGAGAACGCCUCCAGUUACAUGCUGCCUCCAAAAAACAACAGUCCGUUUUUCUGGGGAAACUAUACGCCACCCAGUAACUCUGCACUAACGGGAAAAGCGGUCGAACCAGAGCCGACGGCUAAGAUGGGUUGGGAGCCGCAAGGCUCUACACCUAAGAUGAAACGACGGCUGAGUAAUCUAGGUGUUUCCCCCGGUCAGUCUGGUUCACCUGCGUUAUACUCUCCUGCUGAGACGGAAACAGAGAUACAAUCUGUUCGAACACAGUGGCGAACUAACUUCAAGCUGUUUCAUGACUUCGGAGUGAUGUACAUCGAUACCCACUGCCAUCUGGAUUUCCUAUUCUCACGAGAAAAGUUUGAGGGUCGGACGUUAUCAGCAUACAGAGAGAAGCACCCAGAAACUUUCCCGGACCAGUUUGAAGGCUGUGUGGCGGUGUUCUGUAACCCCCAGACCUUCACCCCUGGAGGGGGCCUAUGGCAGGAUGUAGCGAAGGAAGACAAUGUAUGGAUAGCCAUGGGGUGUCACCCAAAGAUGGCCACAGGGUUUAACCAGAACGCUGAGAAGGGGCUCAAACGCUGCAUGAAACACCCGAAAUGCAUUGCCCUUGGGGAAAUUGGGCUCGAUUAUUCUGGAAGUUUUUAUCAGCACAUGGAAGUGCAGAAGCGGGUGUUCAGAAUACAGCUGGAGAUGGCCAUUACCAUGAGGAAACCCCUGGUGAUACACUGUAGGGAUGCUGAGGAGGACUGUCUGGAGAUAAUUAAGGAGGUUGUACCGAGGAACUACAAGAUCCAUUGCCACUGUUUCACCCAGUUCUAUGCUAACGCAAAACUCUGGUUGGAAGCAUUUCCAAACCUGUUCAUCGGAGUUACGCCCCUUGUCACGUACAAAAGCGCCAAGCCGACACAUGAUCUGGCUAGGAAUAUUCCCAUCAACAGACUGUUGCUAGAAACUGACGCCCCUUACUUCAUUCCUAGAUGUAUUCCCAAGGAUGAGCUAGAGUUCUCCAAUCCCGGCCUUGCAGUGACAGUUGCCAAGGAGAUAGCCCAAUACCAGGAGAUUCCUGUUGCCAUGGUGCUGAGGCAGUGCAGAAUUAACACCAAGUUCAUCUACGGCGUCUAGGAUGUUCAUCUUAGCAUUGUGCCGGAUAAAUCACAUGACUAGAAUUAUAUGUACUUAAGAUUAGUGCUAAGACAAGUUUGUGAACAAUGUUAAAGAUGGUCAUCUUAGAAUUAUUCUGGAUAAUUGGGAUGACAAGAAUUUUAUAUGUGUUAAUGAUCGGUGCUGAGACAAGUUGGUCAAGGCGUCUAGGAUUGUUAUUUCAGCAUUGUCCCAGAUAUUUGAGAUGACUUUAUUUUAUAUGUAAUUUGGACAGUGCUGAGACAAUGUUAAAACACCAAGGUUGUGAACAGUGUCUAGGAUGUUCAUCUAAGAAUUAUCCCAGAUAUUUGAGAUGACUAUUUUAUAUGUAAUUUUGACAGUGCUGAGACAAUGUUAAAACACCAAGGUUGUGAACAGUGUCUAGGAUGUUCAUCUAAGAAUUAUCCCAGAUAUUUGAGAUGACUAUUUUAUAUGUAAUUUGGAUAGUGCUGAGAAAAUGUUAAAACACUAAGUUUGUUUACAGAGUCAAGGGUUGUUAUCAAAGAUAAUCAAGAUUGCUAGAACUUAUGUGCUUUGUAUAGGGCCUAAAAAAAAUACAUUUGGUUCGGGUUACCCGACCCUACCUACGGAAUAGGCGCCGACCCUAACGUUUUUAUAGUCAGU